AUGACUCGAACAUACGAGGCUGCAAUUGCAGCGCUCAAUUCGUUACAGACUAAUUAUGCCAUUGUGAAGGAGCUUCGGAAGUCUACGACGAGGGAGGAGAUGAACGAGCGCUCUCUGCCGGAGACGGUUGAAUGGCUCCGGCGCAUUGGGUACAAGCCCUCUGAUCUAAACAGACUAAACCCCGUCCAUGUCGCCGGGACAAAGGGUAAAGGUUCAACCUCCGCAUUCAUCUCUACAAUCCUUUCGCAGUAUACGAAGUCGGACUCCGGUCAAUCGACACCCGCGAUCCACAAAGUUGGACUUUACACCUCUCCGCAUCUUCGGUUUGCUCGGGAGCGCAUUAAGAUCGAUAAUGCGCCAUUGUCCGAAGAGCAUUUCGCUCGAUAUUUCUUUGAGGUGUGGGAUCGGCUUGAGGAGUCUGCCAAAGUGGCGGGGCAAGAUCCUACUGCGCCGGGGACCAAGCCUCAAUAUUUCCGGUACUUGACACUGAUGGCAUUCCACACAUACCUGAGCGAAGGCGUCGACGCCGCGGUAAUCGAGUGUGGCAUUGGUGGGCAGUACGAUUGCACCAAUGUAAUUGAGCAACCUAGUGUGACUGCAAUCACCAGUCUUGGGAUUGACCACACGGCGAUGUUGGGGACUACAAUUGAGCAAAUCGCUUGGCACAAAGGAGGUAUCAUCAAGCCUGGUGUGAGAGCGUUUACUGCCCCCCAAGCUUCGAGUGCGGAGAAGGUGUUGGCCCAGCGGGCUGAAGACAAAGGCACUCGGUUGGACGUGGUGGCUGGCCAUCCUGAGCUGUCUGCCGGUAGCAGUCAGGUAAAGCUGGGACUGGCGGGUGACUUCCAGUACACCAAUGCCUCUUUAGCUGUCGCAACUGCGGCCGAGUUUCUGAGGAAAGUGGGUGUCGCCAACAUUCCGGAGAACAUUCUGACCGCGCCCCUUCCUGCGAAAAUCAAGACUGGCCUCGAACAAACUCGACUGGGUGGCCGAUGCGAGACCCGGUUUGAGAAGUACGUGGCCUGGUAUAUCGAUGGGGGCCACACAUUGGAAAGUAUCCGGCUGGCCGGGCAGUGGUUUGCCUCUCGAAUCCAAGCGGACUCAUCAUCUAGUGAAGUGGCAACCAAGAAGCCUCGAAUCUUGAUCUUCAACCAGCAGACUCGUGACAGCACGGCCCUUGCUCGCGCCCUCCACGAGACUCUUGCAACGGCGCUUGGAUCCACGACCCCCUUUACACACGCUUUGUUCUGUACGAAUAUUACGUACAAGCAAGCGGGAUACCGGCCCGACCUGGUCAGCAUGAAUACCAACGCCGAUGACGUCGAACUCCUCCGGGUGCAAAAGUCACUGGCGACUGCAUGGAAUGAGAUUGACUCCCGGGCUGACGUGCAAGUUUUCGGCACCGUCGAGGAGGCUGUUGACUUCGCCCGAGACGUGGCCGCGCAGGAGCGCAAGGUCCUCCAGAAGGAUGAGGCACCGGUCAUGACCUUUGUUACUGGCAGCUUGCAUCUGGUGGGCGGGUUUUUGGAUGUCGUUGAGACAAAGCCCUACGAAGAGGCUUGA